CCAUACCAACUUGUCAUUUCUACUCAACCUCCUGCCACCAUCUUCCCCAUAUAUAACCCCCAUCACAUUCUCACUAUGUACUCACCUUUCAAAUGAUGAGAUCUAGGUGGUGGGCCUGCAUUGUGGCCUGCCUCGGCAUUCUGAUCGGUACUGUCCAUGCGCAGGCACCUGCAGUAGCGCCUUCGAUACCACCACCAGCAGUCCCACUGCCACCAACAAAUGUGGCCCCCACAUCCACUCCCAUAUCAUCACCAACACCACCUGCAUUAACGCCAUCGUUGAGCCCACCUCCUCAAACUUCACCGCCACCAACACAAACUCCACCACCCUCAACAUCACCGCCCCCGGCAUCACCACCUCCAACAUCACCGCCUCCGACAUCGCCGUCCCCGGCAUCACCACCUCCAACAUCACCGCCUCCGACAUCACCGGCCCCAGCAUCACCACCUCCAACAUCACCGCCUCCAGCAUCACCACCUCCAACAUCACCACCUCCAGCAUUGCCACCGUCACCAGCUUCACCUCCACCACUAGCACCCACAUCACCACCACCGCAGGUUCCACCAACACCAGCACCAGCAACACCACCACCCGCUCCUGCACCAGCAGUCAAGCCACCAGCUCCUCCACCGGCUGUGAUCCUGCCAGUCCCAGCACCUGCACCAGCUCCAACGAAGAGCAAGAAGCGGAAGCACCACCACCACCACCACCACCACCAUCAUCACGGACCUGCUCCAGCCCCAUUGGCAAAGAGCCCACCAGCACCACCUACACCUGUAACCUCAGAUGAUGUAAUGGCUCCUGCGCCCCAACUGGAUGAGAAUGAAGGGAUUACAAUUUACAGGAAUGGAGGGGUGUUUGGGAGAUGGGCGAGGAUUGGGCUGGCCAUUUUUGUGUUGUUUGAAGUCAUGGGUUAGAGUUUCUUGCGACCUGCUAGAAAGAGAUUUCUUUUAGCUAUUUAAGGAAUGUGGGUAUGGAAGAUGAAUGUAAUUGUUUUGUCCAAUGUAUUUCGGCAAUGCGGCAAUAGACAAAUUCAAACCAAAAGCCCCAAAGAUUGUUUUAAAAUGUCUCUGUGAUUAAUGAAGCGGAUGACUUCAAGUUUGAGAAAUGGAAAUCAAUUAUAAGUGUUGAGAAUCAAAGUCACUUCAGCAAUUAUACUGUUGUUCUCUGCGCCUUGUUUUUGUUAUCAUCAUCGUUGAUGGCUGAUGAGUAAAGUCUCUUUUGUUUACAUGUAAUGAUGAUUUCUCUUUUUGUUCUUGUGA